CGACGACCACAAGACCACCAUGUCGUCGGUGAAGGACGACUCAACGCGCCUCAUCUACCCUCCAAACGUUGUGCAUAACAGUGCUCUUAACUCUAUCAAGUUCCUGUCCUCGUGCUUUGCGGGCGCGGUUGCCGGGAUUUUGGGGUUGGAGAACUGGCUGGGUUUCGCCUUCUUUGCGGCUUCGACACUGCUUACCGCCGCUUGCAUGUAUGUCGUCAACUGCAAGGGACGGCCAGCAAAGUACAUUCCCGGUGGCGUUAGGGAGUUAGCGAACCCUGGGCAGGAUAACGUCUUCUCCUUCGUGUUAGUCUGGACUCUCUUCUAUGGAAUUGUACAUGUAUACGACUGAAGAGAUGGGGUCCUCGGUUUCAAUGUUCGUUUCGGCCGCAAUAAACGCACGUUUUGCAGAACCUAUUUAGCACUGCUGUCCCUGAUUCUUGGCGCCAAAGAUACGAUCGAGCGGAAUAUCAUCUGUAUUUGGCAGCCCUGACAUACAUGUCUGAGCAAGGCAACAUUCUUCUACUUGAUCAUCAAAGGCCCGCAUUUUUCAAUUUCGCUGUACUGAACGUUAGAAGUGAAACUUUCUUCCAACUUUGCCGCAUAACUGUUCUUUCCUGCAUCCGGGACCUGAUCGUAAUCGGUAGGUUUUGG